UCAAAAAUCGUUAUUAACUAAACUAGCCAUCGCAGGUCUACCCCUUAUCUUUGUGUUUUCAUUUCUCUUUUAGAAUUGUAGGACUUGAGCGACUCACAGUUCACACUUUCUCCUUCUCCCGCGUCUCUCACUAGGGUUAGAUUGCUCUACAAAAUUACGAGUAGAUAUAUCUAAUAUAUACAAUCUCUAGGGUUUAACUGAUGGCGUCGUCAACAGCUCAAAUUCAUGCACUUGGAGCUACUUACUUCACGAAGAAUCCAUCUUCUUCCAGCAGGAAUCCGUCGAGGAAGGUGUUUUUUGGGCAGAGAUUAGACAAUAGGACGUUGGGGCUCAAGAGCAAUUCCAGUCGGAGAAAUGCCGGUGCUAGGCGGUUGCGGGUUGUUGCCGAGAAGGUGGUUGGGAUUGACCUCGGGACGACUAACUCGGCUGUGGCAGCCAUGGAAGGUGGGAAGCCGACCAUUGUGACGAAUGCCGAAGGGCAGCGGACCACUCCGUCGGUGGUGGCGUACACGAAAAAUGGGGAUAGGCUUGUGGGGCAGAUUGCGAAGCGCCAGGCCGUUGUUAAUCCCGAGAACACUUUUUUCUCUGUGAAAAGGUUUAUAGGGAGGAAGAUGUCGGAGGUCGAUGAGGAGUCUAAACAGGUUUCCUAUAAUGUCGUCAGAGAUGAGAAUGGAAAUGUGAAGCUUGAGUGCCCGGCUAUUGGCAAGCAAUUUGCUGCUGAAGAAAUCUCUGCUCAGGUCCUGAGAAAGCUUGUUGAUGAUGCAUCCAAGUUUUUGAAUGACAAAGUGACAAAGGCUGUUGUCACCGUACCUGCAUACUUCAAUGAUUCUCAAAGAACAGCUACUAAGGAUGCUGGUCGCAUUGCUGGAUUAGAGGUUCUCCGUAUUAUAAAUGAACCAACUGCUGCCUCACUGGCUUAUGGUUUUGAAAAGAAAAACAAUGAAACUAUACUGGUAUUUGACCUUGGAGGUGGAACUUUUGAUGUAUCUGUUCUUGAGGUGGGUGAUGGUGUGUUUGAGGUGUUGUCUACUUCUGGAGAUACUCAUCUUGGUGGUGAUGAUUUUGAUAAGAGAAUUGUUGAUUGGCUAGCAUCAAAUUUCAAGAAGGAUGAAGGUAUAGACCUUCUAAAGGACAAACAAGCUCUUCAGCGUCUGACUGAGACAGCUGAGAAAGCUAAGAUGGAACUUUCAUCCUUGACACAGACAAACAUCAGCUUGCCCUUCAUUACAGCAACAGCUGAUGGUCCUAAACACAUUGAAACCACUCUUACUCGAGCUAAGUUUGAGGAGUUGUGCUCAGAUUUGCUUGACAGGCUCAAAACACCAGUGCAAAAUUCCUUGAGAGAUGCAAAACUUUCAUUGAGUGAUAUUGAUGAAGUGAUCCUUGUUGGAGGUUCAACUCGCAUUCCAGCUGUUCAGGAAUUAGUUAAGAAAAUGACUGGAAAGGACCCAAAUGUCACUGUUAAUCCUGAUGAAGUUGUUGCUCUCGGAGCUGCAGUUCAGGCUGGAGUUUUAUCUGGAGAUGUAAGUGAUAUUGUCCUUCUGGAUGUCACACCAUUAUCCCUUGGUCUGGAAACUCUUGGUGGUGUCAUGACAAAGAUCAUUCCCAGAAAUACAACAUUGCCUACAUCAAAAUCAGAAGUGUUCUCUACAGCUGCUGAUGGCCAAACAAGCGUUGAAAUUAAUGUCCUUCAAGGUGAGAGAGAAUUUGUGAGAGACAACAAAUCCCUAGGCAGCUUCCGUCUUGAUGGUAUUCCUCCUGCCCCACGGGGAGUUCCUCAAAUUGAAGUCAAAUUUGACAUUGAUGCAAAUGGCAUUCUCUCUGUCACUGCUAUUGACAAGGGCAGUGGGAAGAAGCAAGACAUCACUAUCACAGGUGCCAGCACUUUGCCUGGUGAUGAGGUAGAUAGGAUGGUUAAAGAAGCUGAAAGAUUCGCCCAGGAAGACAAGGAGAAGAGAGAUGCUAUAGACACCAAAAAUCAGGCAGAUUCUGUUGUUUACCAAACGGAAAAGCAGCUGAAGGAACUUGGUGACAAAGUACCAGGCCCAGUAAAAGAGAAAGUCGAGGCCAAACUUGGAGAGCUCAAAGAUGCUAUCUCUGGUGGAGCAACUCAGGCCAUGAAGGAUGCAAUGGCAGCCCUUAACCAGGAAGUCAUGCAGCUUGGUCAGUCACUCUAUAAUCAGCCUGGUGCUGGUCCAGCCCCUGGUGGCUCAGAUGGGCCAUCAGAAUCAUCAGGGAAAGGACCUGAUGGAGAUGUCAUUGAUGCAGAUUUCACUGACAGCAAGUAAGAUUGCCUGAAGAUCAUUUUUUGAGCCAUCUAUUUUAUAGGUUCCUAAAAUUUUUUCCUGUGUACAAGGAGGCUUCUGAAUUUUGAAACAUCUUUCUGUACUCGGGGUUGAAGGAACAUUAGUUAUAUUAGAGGUUAGGAUAUUGAACAGGAGGAAACUCUUGAUAGCUGAAAUGUCAAAGCCUAUGCCCUAUUGUUUAUGAAUGAUAACAAAAUUUGGCAA